GAUACGAACACUGAUCCAGCCAGUCAAGGCAAGAUACGAACGCGGAUCCAGCCAGUCAAGGCAAGAUCGUUGAUGGUUCUGUCAACUAAAGUAAGAUCAAGAAGAAUCCCGCCACCGAAGGCAAAAUCGAGAAUGAUCCAGUCAAUAAAGAUUUAUCGAAUCAAUUGUUCGAAGUUGUCUCCAUUGGCUUGGAUACAUAAUGCCAACCUAUCUUGGAAAUGUCUUACUGUCUUGAGUAACAUAUCGCGCGUUAUUCUUCUGCAAGCUUCUCGUAUCCUUUCUAUCAUAUUUUCUCUUGUUGUAGGCGUUUGCUCGUACACGACAUUUUUCAGGUAUCCCCAUAAGAAAAAGUCGGGCGACGUCAGAUCAGGAGAUCGUGCAGGCCACGCGACGGGGCCACCUCGUCCAAUCCAUCUGUCAUUAUACGUUUCAUUCAGGUAAUCUCUCACAUAUCUUGUAUAGUGAGGUGGCGCGCCAUCGAGUUGUAUCCAUAACCUCUGGCGUGUUUGCAGGUCAACGUUUUCAAGUAAUUGUGGUAAAUCAUCUCUAAGAAAUGCCAGAAAGUUUUCCCCGUUGACAUUUCCGUCAAAGAAAUAGGGACCAAUCAAAUACCCAUUCACAAUUCCGCACCAAACAUUGAUACUCCAACGAUUCUGAUUAUCUAUUGGUCUAUGCCAAUGGGGAUUAACAUCUGACCAAUAGUGACAAUUAUGCCUAUUUAGCUCACCAUUAUUUUUAAAUGUCGACUCAUCAGAGAACAUGACAAAAUUGAAAAAAUUUUGUUCAGCUCUGAUCAUUUGUUGUGCCCAUUGACAAAAUUGGAUACGCAAUUGCAUAUCCCUUUGACUCAGAGCUUGUGUCAACGUUAUGUGGUAGGGAUGGUAUUUAAGUUUCUUCAUAAUCCUCCUAAUUGUUGAUCUUGGAAUACCUAGUUCCCUUGCCAAAAUCCGUUGACUAACAUGAGGAUUGAGAUGAAUUGCUGCCAGGAGCGUGACCACACGAUUGUCAUUUUCAUCAUACACAUGAUCUUUCCUUUUACGUUUGAGAUUACCUUCACGAGCUCUUCGUUCGAGGUUUCGGAUUAAAGCAGGAUUGGGGUGUCUUUCCCUUUCAGGAUACCGAUCUCGGUAAACUCGCGAAGCUUCGUGAUAAUUUAAAUGACAUUCUCCAAGAAUGAGAAUAAUAUCAAUGAUCUCCGAGGGUGAAUAGUCUGGCAUUAUUUUUUCCGUAGUUGCAAAAUCCUUGAGCGAUAAUGAAGGGAUACAAUUGAUAAUUUGUAUACAGAUUUUUCCUUUAGUAAGUAUAAUAACCAUUUGUGCAUUAUUAUCAUAUCCCUCUGUAUGUCCCUGUAAGAUUAUCACCAUCUCCUUAUCUGACGUCGCCCGACUUUUUCUUAUGAAUAUACCUGAAAAUUGUCGUGUACAAGCAAACGCCAACGUUGUUGUUAUUUCAGGUAUAUUCAUAAGAAAAAGUCGGGCGACGUCAGAUAAGGAGAUGGUGAUAAUCUUACAGGGACAUACAGAGGGAUAUGAUAAUAAUGCACAAAUGGUUAUUAUACUUACUAAAGGAAAAAUCUGUAUACAAAUUAUCAAUUGUAUCCCUUCAUUAUCGCUCAAGGAUUUUGCAACUACGGAAAAAAUAAUGCCAGACUAUUCACCCUCGGAGAUCAUUGAUAUUAUUCUCAUUCUUGGAGAAUGUCAUUUAAAUUAUCACGAAGCUUCGCGAGUUUACCGAGAUCGGUAUCCUGAAAGGGAAAGACACCCCAAUCCUGCUUUAAUCCGAAACCUCGAACGAAGAGCUCGUGAAGGUAAUCUCAAACGUAAAAGGAAAGAUCAUGUGUAUGAUGAAAAUGACAAUCGUGUGGUCACGCUCCUGGCAGCAAUUCAUCUCAAUCCUCAUGUUAGUCAACGGAUUUUGGCAAGGGAACUAGGUAUUCCACGAUCAACAAUUAGGAGGAUUAUGAAGAAACUUAAAUACCAUCCCUACCACAUAACGUUGACACAAGCUCUGAGUCAAAGGGAUAUGCAAUUGCGUAUCCAAUUUUGUCAAUGGGCACAACAAAUGAUCAGAGCUGAACAAAAUUUUUUCAAUUUUGUCAUGUUCUCUGAUGAGUCGACAUUUAAAAAUAAUGGUGAGCUAAAUAGGCAUAAUUGUCACUAUUGGUCAGAUGUUAAUCCCCAUUGGCAUAGACCAAUAGAUAAUCAGAAUCGUUGGAGUAUCAAUGUUUGGUGCGGAAUUGUGAAUGGGUAUUUGAUUGGUCCCUAUUUCUUUGACGGAAAUGUCAACGGGGAAAACUUUCUGGCAUUUCUUAGAGAUGAUUUACCACAAUUACUUGAAAACGUUGACCUGCAAACACGCCAGAGGUUAUGGAUACAACUCGAUGGCGCGCCACCUCACUAUACAAGAUAUGUGAGAGAUUACCUGAAUGAAACGUAUAAUGACAGAUGGAUUGGACGAGGUGGCCCCGUCGCGUGGCCUGCACGAUCUCCUGAUCUGACGUCGCCCGACUUUUUCUUAUGGGGAUACCUGAAAAAUGUCGUGUACGAGCAAACGCCUACAACAAGAGAAAAUAUGAUAGAAAGGAUACGAGAAGCUUGCAGAAGAAUAACGCGCGAUAUGUUACUCAAGACAGUAAGACAUUUCCAAGAUAGGUUGGCAUUAUGUAUCCAAGCCAAUGGAGACAACUUCGAACAAUUGAUUCGAUAAAUCUUUAUUGACUGGAUCAUUCUCGAUUUUGCCUUCGGUGGCGGGAUUCUUCUUGAUCUUACUUUAGUUGACAGAACCAUCAACGAUCUUGCCUUGACUGGCUGGAUCCGUGUUCGUAUCUUGCCUUGACUGGCUGGAUCCGCGUUCGUAUCUUGCCUUGACUGGCUGGAUCAGUGUUCGUAUCUUGCCUUGACUGGCUGGAUCCGCGUUCGUAUCUUGCCUUGACUGGCUGGAUCCGCGUUCGUAUCUUGCCUUGACUGGCUGGAUCCGCGUUCGUAUCUUGCCUUGAUUAGUCGGAGCAUGUAAAAUAAGACUAUCGGAAAGUGAAUAUUUUAAGAGAUAUUUUGUAUUUUUAUCAAAAUGUUACAACUUUCGAGCUUUAUAACUCGAAAAGUACACAAUGAAAAUACAUUUGACUGUAGUGUUUUGGAAAGCUCUCGAGGUCAGCUACAAGAAUAUGUAAUAAAAAAUAGGGGGUUCCAUUUAAAAAAAUUGAGGUGACCUUCACGUGACCCUCAAAUGAUUAUCCAAGGUCAAACCAAUGGCACCAUCUUAUAGCCCCUUCGAAACCAUGCAACACAUGUCUGAACCAUUUUUCGAUAUUUCGCUUAGUUUACGAGAAAAUUGACUGUAUUUUUUAAAAUGGCCCACCC